CUUUCAUUCCCCUCUUGGACAGGCGGAGAGGAAGCGAGACUACCUUGAGGUAAGGGAAGACCAUGAUGGGAGUCAUACUUGCUUCCUGCCAACACGAAGAGUGACACAGAAAGAUCAUGGGGAGAUCUGCAUUUUAAAGAAAGUGAAUAUUUUGGACUAUUUUUGUCAAGCUGUCCAGUUGACAAAACAGAUGGGAAUUGGUGCUAUUGAGCCUUUCAUCUGGGAAAAUGCACUGAAUGGGAGACUCUGCCUAAUAUGGCCGAUUGUGACCUUUACCUCUACUGGAAUGGACCCCAGUGCAUGACUUUGUUACCAUGGUGAUGAUCUUAACUACAACUCUGGAAAACAAAGGUGCUGAUUCUCUAUCAUGCAGGGCUGAACUGCACACUCCAAAGAAGAUGAGUCAAGGAUCCACUCUCUUCUCAUGUGGAAUGAUGGAAAAUGACAGAUGGAGAGAUCUCAGCAGGAAAUAUCCCCUUCAGGUUGAACAGCCAAGUGCCAACAUUUGGGACUGCUUGCCUGACAAAAGGGAUGAAAGCUCCCUAUGGCAGAGAGAGCCAGCUAACACAUGCUCAGUGACCAACUUGAUCAAGGAUCUCAGCCUUAGUGACCGCAAUGGCAACCCGUCAGCACCUCCCAGCAAGCGCCAGUGCCGAUCACUCUCUUUUUCUGAUGAGAUUAGUUGCCGGGCUUCAUGGAGGCCUAUAGGAUCAAAGGUCUGGACUCCUGUAGAAAAGAGACGGUGCUAUAGUGGGGGAAGCGUGCAGCGCUACUCCAAUGGAUUCACAACCAUGCAGAGAAGUUCAAGCUUUAGCCUUCCUUCCAGGUCAAGCACUCUUUCCUCAUCAUAUGACCAGAUGGGAUUUAGCAACAGAUUUGGGUGUCAGCCAUGCCAAGGAAUGCGAAAGUCAGCCACUUACGGACAGACAAGUGAUAUUUGGGGUAAUGAUCACAGCUCUUCCGAGAGUGGCAGGAUUGACAUCCAACGAUCACUUUCUUGUUCCCAUGAUCAAAUUUCCUUUUCGGAAUAUUGUCUGCCCUCAGCAAACAGUACACCUGCCUCAACACCAGAGCUGACAAGGCGCUCCAAUGGGCUUUCUCGAAGUCGGUCCCAACCAUGUGUCCUUAAUGACAAGAAAGUUGGAAUUAAACGAAGACGACCCGAAGAGGUAAAGGAACAAAGACCUUCAUUGGACCUUGUCAAGAUGACACAGAAUUGUCAAACAUUUAACAGUCUUAGCACCACAGUCGAUGACUGCCCUCAGCAGAAUCAAUUCUCCCUUGGCACCAGCAGCAAUAACUCAUGGUCCACGAACUUGGACAUCAUGCCUGGCAGGACACCAGCCUGCACCCCUGUGCCAGAGCCCCAUUCAAAUGCAGAAGAAUGUCAGCCUAACAAAGAAGAAGAUUUCUCCUAUGAGGAGUCAGAGUUCUGUGCUACAGAAGAUGAGAAUAGUAGGAAAGAAGUUGAAAACUCCUCGUGGAGGAACAAUGGGACAGGUGGGGAUAACAUCUUUCAGUUGGGUGGUGAAUUAGAUAUUGAGCAAAUAGAAAACAACUGAGAGCACUAAUGGGGAGGAUCUGCCUGCACCGUGGCUUUUAACCAUGGCAAAAUCUCACAUGUUAAUGCAGACCAGAGAAGAAAAUCCACAUUCUUCCUCUCCUUGGCAGGUGGGG